AUGGGGCUCGUAGGCCUACCAGUUGUAGGCUUAUUGUGCUGGGCGUUAAUGAACAGUGCUGAUGCUGAGUUGACCAUUUAUUUGAAAUAUUUUAUUCCACCCACAGGAGCAACCAAAGACGUUGGAGCCGCCUUGACCAGGAUUUGUCUGCGUCACCGCGCUGUGGAAUCUCGUGUCAAGACCCUUACCAACACCUUGAUGGAGUGCGUGGUGCUUCCCCUGCAAGAGCGCGUGGAGGAGUGGAGGCGUUCACAUCACACCCUGGAUAAGGACCACACCAAGGAAUAUAAGAAAUCGAGGGCUGAAAUCAAGAAAAGGACCGAAAAUGCUUCACGACUUCAAAAGAAAGCUAAGAAGGCAGGAAAGAACUCUGAACUUAACAAGGUGUUGGAGUCCACCGUGCAAGACCUGCGAGCAAGGUAUUGCGCUCUGGAGGAGGUGGAGCGAUCAGCUGUGCGUCUUGCCCUCACCGAGGAACGGGCGCGGUACUGCGCCUUCGCCAACGCCCUCAGACCUGUAUUGGUGGAGGAAGUGGGACUGGUGAGUGAGUUGGGUCACCUGCAAGAGGUCAUGACCCAGCUUGAGAAACACUCUGCUGAUCCCCAUAUCUUACCACCAGCCAGUGAACAGGUUUUGCUGGACAUCAAGGGAGGUGACACACAGUGGUCAUGGCAAACCCCACCCUCCUCCCCUUCCUCCUUAGGAUCCCGCAAGUCCUCCAUGUGCUCCAUAUCCUCCAUUAAUUCCUCUUCAUCCUCUUCCACCCACUCCCCAUCCCAUCACACAAGGACACGCUCUGUGAGCCAGGGUACAAGGCUGGUGAGUGUGUCAUCGCAGGACUCCGGCUUUACCUCGCAGGAUACGCUCUGCCAUCCCCCACACCCACACAUCUCUGCCAGCCUCCAGGCAUCAGGGUUGUCUGAGCAGUCAUGUGGUUCAGAAAACAGCACCCCCUCCCCUGCAACCUCUACAGCUACAUGGCCAAACCUAACUGACCCAGCACUACAUCACAAGACAACCCCCCCAUUAGUAGACAGGCCACAUACUAUUUCAUCAGCUUAUGAAAAGGGGAGGGACAGGCCUCCUCUUACUGUGUACACAUUUCAGCCACCAGAAGGUCGAAGUGGACAAGUGUCCCCACAAAUCUGUUCUCAGCCAUGUAGCCCUGUUUGUCUUGAGCUGGAAAGUGGGUGUGUAAGUCCCUUGGUUGGUCACACAGCUACUAUUUCACGGCGAUCUUCUCGGACAUCAUUGCAUCAUAAUCUUUCUUCCUCCAGCCAGGAGAGUCUUACAGCUACAGGCAAGCCUAAACCUCCUGUGCCAAAUCGCUGCUCAUCACUAGAAAGACCAGCUGUUCCUGAAAAGAAACCUAGCAUUCGAACUCAGCAACAACAGCCUGUCACACCAACACAGUCACAACAGAAACCACAGGUAACACAGCCACAGACUCAGGCACAAUUGCAGCAGCCAACAUCCCAGUAUGGAGUAUCAAAGAUGGUACCAAUGGUUCCAGACUUCAACAGGGCAGCUCCAGACAUGAUUGUACCUCAGCCUGUGUACAGCAAUAUGGCUGAACUGUGUUCUGGCAGCAGUGGUAAAGUUUCUGAUGAGGUGACAGAAAGCGAUGGAUUAUCUCAUGCUUCUCUCGGAUCAAGUGGCUAUGGGUCUCAACUACAGGAUGAAGCUGCAGGUUCAGAUGAGUAUGAUGCAAGCAAGUACUGCACACUUCGUCGGUACUCUGACCAGCCUCAGCUCCAUUAUCAGCCAGGGAGGGUUGUCCUUCGCAGGCACCUCUCCCAGUCAGGUACUGGUUCACCACGUACAGGAACUUUACGUAGGUCAGGCUCUCAUGGCCAGAAGCCACCGCCUCCAGUACGUCGAACACCAUCCAUAUCUACCAUCAGUACAUCAACACCACUGGUUAAUUCCUUAACAAGCUUAAAUACAUCAUCCUCAAGCACAAGUCUAAACAACUCCCCUGUACAUUUAACUUCAUCAGCAAGUAAUUUGAGUAACUGCAGUAGUGUAAAUGGUAGUAUUGGCAAUGGUGGAAGUGCAAGCCCCAGUCAGAGCAGUAGUAAUGGAAGUCCACUACAGCGUACAGAUAGUGAAUCAAGUACCCCAGUCGGCUCUUUGGAGAAUCUUCCUCCUCCACCUGCUUUCUUACUUGAAGAUGCAGCAGAAGAAUCCACUUCUGCCCCAGAUCCUGAUCUUACAACACCAGAAGGUAUAAGAUACAUUUGUGAUCCAUUUGGGCCCCCAGCACCUAUUCAAGACAAGUGCUUACAACAGCGUGCAAUGACAGUUAGUGAUACAGUAAAAAAUCUGCAAGAAAGCCAGCAUCAGCCUCCAUCACCUGUUACACAUCGUCGCUCUCAGUCUCUCCGUUGUAAUCAACCUGCCUACAAGGCUGUUCAACUUUUAGAAGAACGAAGAGUUUCCUUAGAAGAUGCAAGAGCAUCACUUAUGACUACACUUAAUGCAAAACUUGCUGCACAGAUCAGUGGUCAGCAAGGACUUCCGAAUAAGCAAGCCCAAAAGCAGCAGACACGAGAAGGUAGCCAGUCUCCUAGAAUGAGUCGAUCUCGUCUGGGGUCUGUUCAGGAAGGUAUGACCAUGGAAAGCCCUUAUCAUUCACCUACACACCGCCAAGCAAGUAGCAGACAAGAUCAGAUUUAUACUUUUAAACAACAACAACAAAUGCAGCCACAUUCAUUAUAUCAGCAUUCAACAUUCAACCAGCCUAAUUUACAUUACAUGCAACAAGUUCCAUCACAGCAAAUGUAUGCUUAUGAUGAUGGCCAAAGUAACAUGUGCCAGCCAGGACCAGUGAUAAACAAAGAUCCAAAUCAGCAAGCAUUCCUUCAAACACUUAAUGAAAAAUUGUCCCAAAGAUCACCAGGCAUAGAAGGGAGUGUAUCUCCAGGAUCUCCUCGUCUCCGUCCUAAAAAGGCUCCUGUACCCAACCCCAAACCUCAGCCUAAUGGCACUGCUGCUGGGGUUCAGUUGCAGCGAUCAGGUUCAGGUGCUAGUGAGAAGGCCUCUAAAGUGCGUCAGUGGAUUGCAAGCAAAACUUCAAGUGGUGAAAAAAAGACUAGUGCAGAGCUAGCUGCUCUACGUGAAUCACUGCAUGAUCAAAUCAAACAAGGAACAUCACUAAAACGUGUCAAACAUGUUGCUGAUAGAUCAGCACCACAAGUUUCUUGACUUAACGUGGCAUUACUUGUCAAAAAGUUUGAAAUGUUAGAAUAUCGCAGAAAAAAAGAAAUUCUUGACUGUGUGCGAGUGUUGCCAAAGAAGCUUGAAGUUAUUAUGCCUGAUACACAAAUUUAGGUGCGAAUUCUUACUUUUUGCUUAACUGUUUAAUAAGAUAUUUUAUUCAGAUAUUAAAAGAGAAUGGUAGAACUUUGUAUGGUAUAUAUAAAAGGUGAAGUUCAUUAAUGAUAAUAAACAUAGGUAGAAAGAUGUUGUCAACUGGAAUAAAUGUUGUAAAAGGAAUAUUUCACAUAUAAUCACACAUGUUAAAUCUGCUUUUGGAAAUGUUUUUACAAGUCUUGGUGUCAUAGACUAAAAAGGUAAAACUGUGUUUAGUAAUUCCGAUGAAGUGUUGUAUUACUCAACUGAAUAAUAAGAUUUACUUGAAGAGUUGGUACAAAAUUUCUGUACCAUGAACUUGAAAGUACAUAAUUUUUUUCUUUUGAUUGUGCAGGAAACUUAUACCUUUUGAUAUUUGUAUGCCUUACUUGUGUUGUGUAUGUGUAUACAUAAGUUUGCAUGCAUUCAUGAGAGAGAGACAAAUAUAAAGACAAAAACAUUGAAUAAAGCAAGAGUGCAUGUGUACAUACAGUUGUCAUUGUGUGUGUAUAUAGAGAAAAGGAAACUAUUUAAUUGAAUGUCAUUAUUGGUAGUUCAUGAACAAAUAGGGAUGGCUGCAGAAAAAUUACCAUUUAUGUUCACAGCAUAUACCACAGUCACAAAGACAUGUGUGUUAAAUAUCAUAUAGAGAAUGGUCCAGUUUGUUAAUGGUAUUUGGAAAACUAUGCAACUCUUAAAAAUGCAGAUUUGCCAAGGAGGAUGCAUUUGGAUAUUACAUUAUUUUUCUCUUGGAAUUUAAGAAUGUUCGAUAACAAAGUAUUUUUAUCAGAUGAAAGUCAUUAUUAUUACUUUAUGAAAUGAUUACAAUAAUAAUAAUAAUAACAACAAUAGUAAUAGGAAUCAGUCCACCAUAGAACUUAGCUUGCUUUAUUGUAUAUUAUAUUAGCUCCUAAAAUCAUACUCCUUAAUAGUACUAAUCACAUUUCUUUAAGGUAUGAUAAAGAUUGCAUUAUAUUUUCUAUGUUUGAAUGCUUUGUGAAAUUGCACACAUUUAUGUUGAAGCUGUGACUGUAACACAAAGUUACCAUAUAUAAAGAAAUGAUCUAACAAAUUUUAGCAUGUGGUGUGAUCAUAAUUUGACAUUUAGGAAACCAAACUAAUCUGUAAAAUAUGUUUUCAGCAUAACUGAAAAUUAAGAAAUUAGAAUCAGAGAUGAUAAUGCAUCUUUGUUACCGAGACUUACAUCCAAACAUAUUCUAAAAUAGGCAAUAUCUUAUUAUUAAAGAAACAAAAGCCAACAUUUAGAAUAACUUUAACCAGUUCGGAAGAAAACAUAUAAGUGUGUUAAAGAUAUAUUUUUUCCAUUUUGUCACUGACUUUGGGUAAAAGUUUAUAAAUUAUCAUUCAUUCAAUAUAUUUGGUUAUCAUUUUCUUGCCAUUCAUUUUCAUGGUACAGAACAAUGGAAUGUAAUUAAGAUAUGUAGAUACUGAACUGUAACAACUCCAACUCUAGUCACGUAUACAGUCUGAAGAAGUUAAAAGAAGUCCUAAAAUUUAAAUGUUAGGUAAUGUGCAUGAGAGUUUCCAUUGUAUUUUCUUGUAUAUAUCAGAGGACAUAUCAUAUUACGUAGGUACAGAAGAAAAAUAUAUGUAUUGUAUUUACAUAAAUGUAACUUUAAAAUUAGUAUUAAUAAUAAUCUUUGCAGUGAUUUCUUAUAUCUUAUGUGGGCCAUUAUUGAAAGAGAUAUCUAGUUGGAAAUAAAAAAUUCUUUUGCUUGGAAAGUAAAUUAAAAUAUUUCAGCUCUUGGACAUUACUUAUUUCUCCACUGCUCCAUAGUGAUUACUAUGGCAUUAAGUUUGUUUGGAGGCACAAAUUGUUUCUUUUGCAGAUGAGAAGUAAGUUACUUCAACUUGUGAUCCUUUGAAAAUACUGAUUUCAAAGAAUAUGAUAGUGAAGUGAUUGAUGAUUUCGACAGAGUUUUUUGAAUGAAAAAUGUGUCUUUGUCAUAAGCACAGACAAAUGGGUUAUUUUCUAUGAAACCGAGAAUAAUCUUUUUUUGAAGUUUCAUUCAUAUCUCAUAAUGCGGCAGUCUCAAACUAUCACUAUCAUAGCAAAUGUCAGGUGUGUUAGUGCCUUUCCUUUUUCAGUGCUCAUUGCGUCCAUAAGAAUCAAAUGCUCUUAAUCCCGUGUUUCAUAUGGAGGAGAGUUUUGAUAAUGAAAAGUAAAGUUUUUAACUGGCUCAUCAAAUGGCUCACUAGGGUGAAUGUAUGCAUGUAUGUGGGCCAUAGAAAGAACUGUCACAUCUAAUAAAUUUUGACCUAGACAACUAGGUAAGCUCCCCUUGAUACCAAUUUUGUAAUACAUACAUAUCCAUCAAUACAGAAUUGUUGCCUACAUACAGUCAAUCAGUUCAUAUUUGCUUUUAGAUCAUACUUUGUCAGCUAAUAUAAGCUAGAUGAAUACAGGUAUAAAUAAUACUUACCUUUUCAUUAUCAUAAGAAGAGUCUUGCUAUAAGGAAUGAAAAAAAAAGAAUAUGUGCCAGGUGGCUGAUUUCUAAUAUCAUGACUAGACUGUAGGCCCAAAUACAAGUCCAAUGCCCACCUGAGGUUCUCAUUUCAUACUUAUCUACAUAAAUGUACAUACUACUAUCUUCAUUAUUAGGAUUAACAUUUCUUUUGUAUGACAAUAAUUAGUUUUUGAUGGAAGAAUUUUCUGCAAUGUGGUUUGUGUAUAAAUAUGUCAUAGGAUAUAAACUAAAAUAAAAUAAUGACAAAACCUA